ACAAGUUGGACCGGUUCAAAGACAAACAUUUUCAAAAAUGAAACUCUUGUUCAUCGUCGUGCUGGCCAGUGCCUUGAUUUUGGAUCAUUCCAGCGAAGCGCAAAACAUUUUCACGAACUUCUUCAAUUUCUUCAGCAAUUUGAGUAAUUUCCAGCGCGUCAAUCGACUUCAAUCGUCGGUGACAACGAAAUCAUCGCCGGCCGACGUUCCUACCGUCCAUUCUAUCGAGACGUCCAUAUCUACAUUGACGGAAACGAUGACGAUGAUGGAAACGAUAACGACGACGGAAAUCUUGUCCGUCUCCGUCGCUCCCAUCACGUUCACCGAGUACAACGUGGAGACGGUGAGAUCGACGCUAACCGAGUUAGCAAGAGAGACGGUGAUGGUGACGAUGCCCGCCCUGACCGACACGGUGACAGCGACCAUGACGGAGCUAGUGACAUCUAUCGUCAAAGAAAUCGAAAUAGCCACAGAGACGGUGGAGAUCGAGCCCACGACGGUCGUCGUGACGGAGGUAUCCACCACAUCGAUCACGAUCAACGAAGUUCCAAUCACGAUGACGGAAGUGAUCCGCGAAACGGAAACGAUCAUGUCGACGAUGACAGUCACAGAGUCUUUCACGGAAAUCGUUCGUUCUACCGAGAUCUCGUCCGUCUCUUUGCCGGCCGUGACGGAAACGUUGACGACUACGCUGCCCGUCGAGACGAUCACGUUGUCCAGCACGACGACGUUGCCAGCUGAGACAGUUUCAAUUACAUUGCCAGUUGAAACUGUUGUAGUGACCCUACCUGUUGAAACGAUGACAGUUACUCUGCCCGUUGAGAUCAGUACGAUGACUGUGUCCAGCACGAUGACUCUGCCCGUCGAGAUCAGCACGGUCACCGUGUCCAGCACCAUCACACUGCCCGCCGAAACUGUUUUGGCUGCUGCUCCAACCGAAACUGCCGUUCCAGAACUUGUUCCUUCCAUCAAACGUCGUCGGAAUGUUGAAGACGUUCAUCUGAAACAAGAAGAAUUGACACCAUCGGCCGUAACGCUCGUGCCCUACAUCAUAAAACGUUCCAUCGACAUUGAAUCGUCCUUCAUGGAACAGCAGAGCAAACGCUCUCCAAUGAUCAAAAUGGCCUCAUAGUCGCAUGUUUCUCUUUCCUCACUAGCAAUAUUUAACUUAAAUCCAUUCACACAAUUAACCAGUGUACAUCUCAAGACAUUGCAAUGGUUAACUUUAAAAAAACCGAUAUUGCACGGCCUCAAACGUAUUUAAAUCAUUUCAAUUAUUUAAAAACUCAAAUAUAUCAAAAACAAAAACGA